AUGAUCGACAUGCGGUACAUAUGGUCGGAGAUGGACUCGCCAUUGAUUCCAAAACGGCGCCAGCCUUCGCGCUUGGUGGUCUUGAGGCGCUCGAUCAAGUGGAAGAAAGGAACCGGUGACGUGGAGUUCUCCUCCGGGGGGUCCAACUACGACACGGGAUGGCUACACCAAGACCUGUUCGACCAAAGCCCCUGGAUUGGCCAGGCCCCCCCGCAUCUUGAUGUAUUCAUCACCAAUCUGAAGCUUCUGUGUCUAGAUCAGCUCGAGGAUUGGCCCGGUAUCUCGCCCCGAACCUUGUCCCCUUCAUCGCAGAACCAGCGACAACGAAUCCGCCUGGUUGAAUGGGCUCUGUAUCAGCUUUACAACAUUUGGGAUGCUGAAGGUGCCCAAAAUAAACUCCGUCCCUUUUUUCCGCCGUUGGAGCCUCUACAGUCCGUCAAUCUACGCGCGGCGUUAUUCCGAUGUCUCGGCGAACUGAAGAAGAAUGGCGAUUUGGGCCGGGAAAUCGUCAUCCGCAAGACGAUGCUGGAUGAUUGUAAGGGCGACAAAUUCGAAGAGCUACUUGCCGGUUUCUCCACCGCUGUUCUCCGUAAAGUUGUGGCGGUGUCUGUGGACGACAAAAUGUACAACCCCGCAUUGAGAUUAUCGACUGCGACUGCGAUGACGCCAGCGGACUACCAGAAUCUGUUACCCCUCAUUCUUGCGCACCAGAAAUCCCUGGGUUCUGCGGCUGAGCGCCAUGCCAGCGUUCGGGAUGUUUAUGAUCGCUUUUCACAGCUUUUGGAUAACAAAAAGAUUGAUCUGGCCGAACGUGCGAAUAAACAACCAAAGGACUUUGGUGGAGUACACGGUGAUCCUGAGCGUUUAGUCCAUGCGGUGCAGACAAAUUGGCUGGGAAACCAGAAGUGGGCUACCGCUCUGCUGGAAGGCGGAUCAGAAACCAGCACCGAAGCAUUUUUGGAGCUCCCCUUCAAGGAUGCACUGGCGCGAGCAAGUCACUCGUCAAAUGGCAAUAUUAGCAAGGGGCUGAAGCAAGACCUGAUUCUUGAUCUGGAGGCUCGGGUAUUGCUGCAGCGCAGUCGACUCAACAAAUGGCAAGAGUAUAACAAAUCAUUCUCCAGUCAGGACUCGCUGAACGGCACACAUGCCAAGCCCAAAGAGCCUCGAAUGGUGUUUCGCGAUCACCAGACUCUCACAGUCGCUAGUAUAGCUAAGAAUGCUCGCCAGCCCGGGGAUCGAGGUCGAGGGCUGAAAGGUGCAGAUAAAUAUCUCCUCUCGUCGGUACACGAGGCACUUAGUCGCAUCAGUGGCAAGCCUGGUGCUAGCCCAGGAAGAUCAACACCCGCGGCGAGAACAGCUGCCCAUGUCCCGUUCAGACGUUCACCAAACUUGACGCACUCGCCGAGAUCAGUGGCGGAAGAUGACUACUCUAAUCCAAGUCCAUCACUAGGCUUGGGCAUUUCGAUGUCAAACCCACAGUCUGUGUCUCCAUUAGAGCCGGAGCCGGAGCCUGAACCGGAGCCUAUGAGAGGCCUAGAGUCAGAGACCGAAUCAGAACCUGACAAAGUUCAAUCCUCCACUCCCAUUGUCCGACUCUCCCCAGAACUACCCUCUGCAUCCACCACCUCCUCCGUUUCAGAAGAAGAGCCAUACCAAGAGCCCAUCAAACGCUCUAACACCUUGGCUGAACGUACACGAAAAUCCAUGUCCCUUCUCCCACCUCAACAUCACGAGCCACCCCGACAACGCCGUGGUCCUCGGCCUUCUUUCCCGGUCAAUCAAUUUGUCACGCCUCGAAAAGCAUCUGGUCGAUCAAUUGAUGAGAUUUCUCGCGCCUCGACACCUCAAGAUCAGCUCUUUGAGGAAGAUGCCGAGUAUGCUAGUGUUUUCAAGUCUAGACCUCGUGUGGCGCUGAGCCCUAUUUCCUCUCCUGCCGUGCAUGUCAGUCCCUCAUACGAAGAUGAGAGUUUUGUUUUAGAUGAAGGCGACAGUACAGAAUGGGGUGAGACUAAUUCUCCCUCGGCUGCUCCACGGUUUAGGUGA